AUGGUGUCACUUGAGACUGUUCUUAAGCAUAACUCUAGCCUGAAGGGGUACGGUCCCAACCUCGUGGCAGUCUUUGUGGGUGGAACGAGCGGAAUCGGUGAAGCAACUGCCCGCGCAUUCGUGAGAGAUACAAUAUCCUCUAAGAUUUAUCUUGUCGGACGCAAUGAGGUGCAAGCAUCCAAGAUCAUCGAGGAUCUACGUCAAAUCAACCCGGAUGGUCAGAUCAGCUUUGUCAAGUGCGAUGCCGCGCGUCUACAGAGCGUAGAUGAAGCCUGCAAAACUAUCCAAGAGAAGGAAGAAAAGAUAAAUUUGUUGUUCAUGAGCGCUGGAAUUCUAACAACAAAGGGUCCAGAUGAAACCGACGAGGGUAUAGACAAGAAGUUCAGCUUGCAUUACUACUCUCGUAUGCGAUUUUUAGCAAAUAUGCUGCCUCAACUCACAAAGGCUGGAGAUGUCAGCGAUGGUGAUUCUCCAGUUCAGCCUGGCCUACGUCGCAAUCUGUCUAGUGUGGUGUCUGUGUUAGACGGCCGCGGCGAGGGACUCCUGAUAAUGGAUGAUCUGUCCUUGAAGAGAAAUUACUCACUACGUAACUGUGCUACGCAUGCCAUCACCAUGACUACUCUGUCUAUGACAGAACUCGCGGAAUCGAAUCCGAAAAUAUCAUUUGUACAUUCCUAUCCGGGUGUCGUGAAAACAGGUCUAGCGCGUAACUUUGGCACUUUCACUCGACUAGGAAUGAAUGCGAUCAUGGUCCUAGCAAAACCCUGGAUGGUACCCUUGAGUGAUAGUGGCGAGCGUCAUCUAUACGCCGCAACCAGUUCGCAGUUCCCACCACGAGCCAGCGGUGAAGCCAAUGCCGCACCUGGCGCAGAUGGAACUAAUGGCAGCGGCGUUUAUCGGUUAUCCUGGGACGGAUCUACUGCUGAAAAUAGCAGCUACUUGCAAGAAUACCGCAAGAGUGAGACAGGGAAAUUGGUGUGGAAACAUACUUUGGAGGUAUUUGAGACCAUCUGUGGCAAACCGUGA